AUGUUGCGUCGCCCAGCCCAUCCUCCUGGCUAUCGCCCACCACAUCUCCUGCUUCCUCCUCACCUCUGGCGUGAUUUCUGGUCUCUCUGUCUCCCGCCCAAGGCAUUUACACCGUGGUGGCGUUUGCUGCAUGGACAUCUCUCGGUGCAGGUUCGCCUGCACUCCAUGAACCGUGUGAAGUAUCCUUCCCCACUGUGUAAGAUGUGUCAUGAAGCAACUGAAGAUGAAUACCAUAUGGUCAUUGGCUGCAGUAUGAAGUCCCUCUUCUGGUAUGAGUUUGUCUCUCACCUUGGUCUUGCUGAUCUGUUCCCUACGGACGAGGCCAUCUGGAUUGGGUUGACCACCCUUCACGGCCAGGACAACAAUCCUCUGGACAUUUCCAUCUUGGAACUUCUCGGCGCUGCCUUCUCAUCUAUCUGGCAACAUCAUUGGGGCUGCACAAUUGAUGGUAAAUCUUGGAUCACUCGGGCUGUUUUCUCCUCUUUUCUGGAAGAUCAUUCCAAGUUAAUUUCUUCUUUCUUAGACAUGUAA